GUAAAGAUUUGGUUUCAGAACCGUCGAAUGAAAUGGCGGCAGUCUCAGAAGCUGAGCAGCAUGAAGGCAGUCGACCUGCCCACCAGCUCCUCUACGAACUCGACGACCGGGGAGGCUGAGGCGAUGUUGAUUUCGCCGAAGAGUAAAUCACAAUCGCGAAGUCCCUCGUCCGUCGUCAUGGCGCCUGACGCCGAAGUUCAACGAGUGUAA